UAUUAAUCCUAAAUACCUAAUCAAUUUUUUUUAUUUUAAAUAACAAUUAUUUAGUGGUAAAAAAUGUUUUUAUGAACUGAAAAUUUGAUUGUUCUAUUUUAUUUAUUGUUAGUGAUUUGAUUACUACACAAGGGUCGGAAAGAGGUGUAUGUGAUAUAGGAUUCGGAAAAUAUAUUUUUUGCAUCAACAAUUAUGGAUACUACAAAUGAAAAAUCAAAUGGGGAUGAAGAAUUUCGACCGGUUGUUUUACCUUUAACAAGCACGCAUGAUGGAUUAUUUAAAGAUAAAAAAGAUACAAACAGUGCUGUCGUGGAAUCACAACAAAAGCCCAUAAAAUAUCCGAAAUCAGUAUUUUUUGUUCUAUCAAAUGAAUUAUGUGAACGUUUCUCAUACUAUGGAAAUCGAACUAUACUUAUAUUUUUCCUAACGGAGCAAUUAAAACUAGGAGAUGAUUUAGCCACGACAAUAUUUCAUGCUUAUACCAUGAUGGUAUAUUUUUUUCCAAUUUUUGGUGCAAUGCUUGCCGAUAGUUGGUUAGGAAAAUUUAAAACUAUUUUUUAUUUAUCUGUUGUUUAUGCAAUCGGCAAUGCAACCUUAUCAGCAGCGUCUUUUCCAGCAUUUGGUGUUGAACCAAGUCGAUAUAUUACGUUUUUCGCUUUAUUAUUUAUUGCAAUUGGUUCUGGUGGUAUAAAACCCUGUGUGGCAUCUUUUGGUGGUGAUCAGUUUAUAUUGCCACAGCAAGAAAGACAGUUGGCGCAAUUUUUCUCAAUAUUUUAUUUUAGUAUCAAUGUUGGAAGUUUAAUUUCCACAUUUCUAACACCAAUUUUCCGUGAAGAUGUUCAUUGUUUUGGGGAACAAAAUUGCUAUCCUUUAGCGUUUGGUGUACCUGGUAUUUUAAUGGUUACUUCUCUAGUAAUAUUUCUGGUUGGACGACCCUUGUACAUAAUGAAAGAUCCCACUGGAAAUGUCGUUUUACAAGUUUUUAAAUGUAUGGGACAUGCAAUCUCUCGGCGUGGCUCGGUAAAAAAGUCACAACCAAGAGAUAAUUGGUUAGAUUAUGCAGAUGAUAAAUAUGAUCAAAAAUUUAUCGAAGAUGUCAAAGUUGUUUUACGGGUAUUGGUAUUGUUUGUUCCAUUGCCAAUAUUUUGGGCAUUAUUUGAUCAACAAGGAUCACGUUGGACGCUACAAGCAGCAAAUAUGAAUGGUGCUCUGGGUGAAUCGUUUGUGAUAAAACCUGAUCAAAUGCAAGUGAUUAAUCCAUUUUUAAUAUUGUCAUUAGUACCGUUAUUCGAUCGUAUUAUAUAUCCUGCAUUUUCUAAAUGUAAUUUACUUACAAAACCUUUAACAAGAAUGUUAGUGGGUGGUUUAUUGGCUGCAUUGGCAUUUAUUAUUUCUGGAACUUUGGAACUAGCAAUACAGAAACAAUACGUUUAUAAACCAAGCGCUGGAUUUAGUGAAUUACGUAUUUAUAAUGGCUACAAUUGCCCAAUUAAUUUAAAAUUAAAUGGCACUAUUACAGCAAAUAUUGAAAAACUAGAUUAUUAUACAUUAAAAGAUAUAGAAGUAUCAGCCUUAGGUUCAUCAUUCGAUUGUACAAUAGAAUGUGAUUGCUGUGAAACAAAAAAACUCGAGACGAGCUUAUUUGCUUUUUCGAAAAGUCAAUCAUCAUAUUUCUAUGAACGUAAUCGGUUUGGAAAUACGUCGGAUGCGAUGUACUUUGAUGAUGAUACAACUAAUUUAAAAGGUGAAACAAAACUCAGGGUACUUUUAAAUUCUAAUAAAGAGCAUAAUAUAACAGUCAAGCAUGGAGAUAGUGUUUUUGCUCCUGAAAAGGAAGAAGAUUAUGGAUCGUAUAAUUUAUCAAUGCAAGUAUCAUUACCAGUAAAUAGGUAUGAUAUUUACGUAGAUACCGAGCGUGUUGUAACAAACGUAAAAUUUGAAGCUGGUGGAGUUUAUGUAGCUAAUAUCUACCAUGACGUCGAUUCUAAUAAAUUUGUAUCCAAAAUACUGGAAGUAAAGACGCACAAUGAAGUACAUAUGUUAUGGUUACUUCCUCAAUACAUAUGUAUAACAACAGCCGAAGUUAUGUUUUCAGUAACUGGUUUAGAAUUUGCAUAUUCACAAGCUCCAGUAUCAAUGAAAGCUUUGUUACAAGGAUUUUGGUCACUAACGGUUGCAUUUGGUAAUUUAAUUGUAGUCAUAAUUGCUGGUGCUAAAAUUUCUGAUUCUCAAGCGGUGGAAUUUUUCUUCUUCGCAUCGUUAAUGAUAAUUACAAUGAUUGUAUUCUUUUUCCUUGGCCGUGCAUACAAAUAUAUUGAAUUUGAUCAAGUACCUACUGAAGAUGAUUUACAUAACGAAAAGAAAAUAUCGGGUAUUGAUAAUGUGAAUUUUAAAGAUGAUCAUCUGUAGUAAUCAAUCAAUCAAGUUUUUAAACAUCCCAUCAUUUUUAAAUAUCAUUACUGUUCAAGAACAUAAUUCAUACGUUUAUUU